AUGAAGUUAAUGGCGCUAACCUGCGACUGUCCUAUGGUACAGCCGGGUCCAACUCUGGCUUCCACUUGCGGAGGGGGCGCUUUUAUGCUCUUCAUGGGCCUGCUAGAAGUGUUCCUGAGAAGUCAGUGCGAUUUGGAGGAUCCUUGUGGAAGAACGCAGUACCGAAGACACAUGGAUGCGGUGUACGACUUCAUCGUGGUCGGAGGAGGAUCAGCUGGUUCUGUAGUCGCAGCCAGACUCUCCGAAGUGCCAGAGUGGAGAGUAUUGUUAUUGGAAGCAGGUUUCGACGAGCCGACGGGAGCUCAGGUGCCGUCGAUGUUUCUCAACUUUAUCGGAUCUAGCAUCGACUGGGGUUAUCAGACGGAGCCAGAACCAGCUGCCUGUCUCGGAGAAAAGGAGAGAAAAUGCUACUGGCCUAGAGGAAAGGUAUUAGGCGGUACUUCAGUUAUGAACGGAAUGAUGUACAUCAGAGGAUCCAGGAAAGACUACGACGAUUGGGCAUCAGCCGGCAUCGAGGGCUGGUCUUACGAUGAUGUGUUACCUUACUUUUUAAAGUCGGAGGAUAACAAGCAAGUGAAAGAGAUGGACGAGGGCUAUCAUGCGACUGGAGGACCGCUGACCGUUGCGCAGUUCCCGUACCAUCCACCCUUGAGCUAUGAGAUCGUGAAGGCUGGAGAAGAACUAGGCUACAGACAACGCGACCUCAAUGGUGCUCAGCACACCGGCUUCGCUAUUGCCCAAACGACCAACCGCAACGGAUCUCGUCUCUCUGUUGCUCGAGCCUUCCUCAGGCCAGCCAAGAAUCGGUCCAACCUUCACGUGAUGCUGAACGCAACUGUGACUAGAGUGCUGAUCAACCAGACUACUAGACAAGCAUAUGCGGUCGAAGUUAGGAAUAGUUAUGGCGGAACAGAGACUAUAUUCGCCAACAAUGAAAUUAUUUUGAGUGCCGGAGCAGUAGGAUCUCCUCAGAUCCUGCAACUAAGCGGAGUCGGUGAUCCAGACGUCCUCACUCGUGCAGGAGUCAGACCUGUCCACAACUUGCCAGGAGUCGGCCGCAACUUGCAUAACCACGUUGCCCACUUCUUGAGUUUCACCGUCAGUGACAACAACACCACGCCUCUCAACUGGGCCACCGCCAUGGAGUAUUUGCUAUUUAGGGAUGGACUUAUGUCUGGGACUGGCAUAUCUGAGGUAACCGCUUUUAUAAACUCCAAAUAUGCAAAUCCUGCUGAAGACAACCCUGAUCUUCAGUUGUUCUUCGGAGGUUUCCUAGCUGACUGCGCCAAGACAGGCAUGGUCGGGGAAAGGCUGGACAAUGGUUCCAGAACCAUUCAGAUUAUUCCCACUGUGCUGCAUCCAAAAAGCAGAGGACGCUUGGAAAUCAGAUCAGCUGAUCCGUUUGACUAUCCAAAAAUAUAUGCUAACUACCUCACACAUCCAGACGACGUGAAAACCUUAAUCGAGGGUAUCAAGUUCGCAAUCAAGCUCUCAGAAACCAAAGCUCUGCGACGCUUCGGCGUCAAGUUGGACAAGACUCCAGUGCACGGCUGUGAAAAGAUCAAGUUUGGAUGCGAUGCAUACUGGGAGUGUGCAGUGAGGGUCCAGACUGGGCCAGAGAACCAUCAAGCAGGCUCAUGCAAGAUGGGACCGAGAGGAGACCCAACCUCUGUUGUGGAUAAUUUGCUACAGGUACAAGGCAUAGACCGCCUGCGAGUGGCUGACGCGAGCGUGAUGCCGUCAGUCCCGUCCGGGAACACCAACGCGCCUACCGUCAUGGUCGGGGAGCGAGCCGCCGACUUCAUCAAGCAGCGAUGGCUCUCUACUAGCCCGAACCUACAGCCUCUAACCCACGGUGGUCUAUCAAACGUGCUGCAAGCGAGUGACACACAACAGUCCCCUCUAUGGCGAUGGGUCUGA